UGAGGAGGAGGGGGAAAUGCUGCAGCUUUAUCUGAGGCACCAGAGCAGGCCUGCCCGCUGCAGCUGUGAAGGGGUUAAGAGGCUGGGCCAGUCACCUCAGCCUGCCCCUCCCAGGGAUUAAAAGUCCUCUAUAAAGGGGACUGUCCACCCAGAUCAGGUCAGGGGGGUGUCAGGGACCCAGGCGUUGUGCCCAUCCCCCCUGCCAUGUGGGAACUGCGGUCAGCCUCCUUCUGGAGGGCCAUAUUUGCUGAGUUCUUUGCCAGCCUCUUCUAUGUCUUCUUUGGACUGGGGGCCUCGCUGCGCUGGGCCCCUGGACCCCUGCAUGUCUUGCAGGUGGCUCUGGCCUUUGGCCUGGCCCUGGCUACACUGGUGCAGGCUGUGGGCCACAUCAGUGGAGCCCAUGUCAACCCUGCAGUCACUUUCGCCUUCCUUGUGGGCUCCCAGAUGUCCCUGCUCCGUGCCAUCUGCUACAUGGUCGCCCAACUCCUGGGAGCCGUGGCUGGGGCCGCCGUGCUCUACAGUGUUACCCCACCUGCCGUCCGAGGAAACCUAGCACUUAACACGUUGCACCCUGGGGUGAGUGUGGGCCAGGCCACCAUAGUGGAGAUCUUCCUGACGCUCCAGUUCGUGCUCUGCAUCUUUGCCACAUACGACGAGAGGCGGAAUGGCCGCCUGGGCUCCGUGGCCCUGGCCGUUGGCUUCUCCCUCACCCUGGGGCACCUCUUUGGGAUGUAUUAUACUGGUGCAGGCAUGAACCCUGCCCGCUCCUUUGCUCCUGCCAUUCUUACCAGAAACUUCACCAACCACUGGGUGUACUGGGUGGGCCCGGUCAUUGGAGCAGGCCUGGGCAGUCUCCUUUAUGACUUUCUCCUCUUCCCUCGGCUCAAGAGUGUUUCUGAGAGACUGUCUAUUCUCAAGGGUUCCAGGCCCAGUGAGUCCAAUGGACAACCAGAGGUCACAGGGGAACCUGUUGAACUGAAGACCCAGGCCCUGUAAAAGCUCCAGCCGGAUAGAGGGAGUAGGAAGCUUCUGGGUUUACAUGGAGGGGCUGAGCCAGCCCCCGGAUGAAGAAAGAGACUGUGGGGAGGGGCAUGUACUUC